CACAUCCAUACUGAUCGACAAUGGGGCCCUCCUUGCGCUUUGACUUUGGCCUGAUCGUUUGUGGCGCUAUUAUCGUGGCCUGUGGCAUCCAUGGCCUCAACAUUACAGAAUGCAAUAACCAAUUCGGAUUCAUAAACAACACGCGGCCCAACUGCAGCUAUGCCUACAUCAACUGCUCUGGCCAGGACUCGACGUUCUGUGUGGACAACAUCACUUGCAAUGUCGCCUUCUAUUGCAACGAGCCAAUCAUUUCGGGCAAUUCCACUGUUGCGCCGCUUAAUUCAACGUCAACGUCAACAUCAACGUCAACGUCACGAUCGCCGAUCCUCUCCACAGCCUCGCCGCUGGAUGUGCGAGAGCAGUGUCAUCAGGGGGUAACCAAAAGGUUCAGCUAUCCCCAGAAUUGUAACUACUUUUACUACUGCGUGGACGGCUUUCUGCUUGUGGAGCAGUGUCCCAUUGGAUAUGCAUUCAAUGCUACGACUGGAGCUUGUGGCGGACGUACCCGGAGCUCCAUGGACUGUACUGUACGCUGAAGUAGUGAGAGCUAAAGUAGAGAAA